AUGGUGUUUGGUCUCUAUGACCCCCACAAGCAUCUUGGGACUCGUCUGAAGAUGAACGACUACAGGAAGUUGUCCAUGCAGUGUAAGGACUUUGUCGUGGGGGUGUUGGACCAGUGCAGAGACACAGAGGAGGUGGAGGCCAUCUUGAACGGUGACGUGGACAAUGCCUCGCCCAGCGAAAACAACCGGCCCUGCCUCGAACGCGUCAAACUGGCCAUUAAAUAUGAGGUCAAAAAGUUGGGUCAGAUCCUGAGAAGUCCUUUCAUGAAGUUUGUGGCCCACGCCGUGUCCUUCACCAUCUUCCUGGGCCUGCUGGUCAUCAACGCCUCAGACCGCUUUGAGGGGGUCAAGAACCUGCCCAACGAGACCAUCACUGACCACCCUCGUCAGGUAUUCCGGGUCAAGACCACUCAGUUCUCCUGGACUGAGAUGCUGAUCAUGAAGUGGGUGCUGGGUAUGAUCUGGUCAGAGGUCAARGAGAUCUGGGUGGAUGGUCCUAGAGAGUACGUGAAUCACCUAUGGAACGUGUUAGACUUCGGCAUGUUGUCUAUCUUCGUAGCAUCGUUCACCGCUCGGCUCAUGGCCUUCCUCAAGGCCUCCAAGGCCCAGCUGUAUGUAGACCAGUUUGUGACCAACGAAGACAUCCGCAACGCGUCCCUACCUACUGAGGUUGCCUACUACACCUAUGCCAGGAAUAAGUGGCGUCCGUCGGACCCCCAGAUCAUCUCAGAGGGUCUGUAUGCCAUCGCUGUGGUGUUGAGUUUCUCCCGCAUCGCCUACAUCCUGCCGGCCAACGAGAGCUUCGGCCCGCUCCAGAUCUCCCUGGGCCGGACGGUGAAGGACAUCUUCAAGUUCAUGGUGAUCUUCAUCAUGGUGUUCGUGGCCUUCAUGAUCGGCAUGUUCAACCUCUACUCCUACUACCUGGGAGCCAAGUACAACCCUGCAUUCACCACGGUGGAGGAGAGCUUUAAGACCCUGUUCUGGUCCAUCUUUGGUCUGUCGGAGGUGAUCUCUGUGGUCCUGAAGUAUGACCAUAAGUUCAUAGAGAACAUUGGUUAUGUGCUGUACGGGGUCUAUAACAUCACCAUGGUGGUGGUUCUACUCAACAUGCUCAUCGCUAUGAUCAACAGCUCCUACCAGGAGAUAGAGACAGAUGCAGAUGUAGAGUGGAAGUUUGCUCGUGCCAAGCUGUGGAUGUCCUACUUUGACGAGGGUCGUACUCUGCCCGCUCCCUUCAACAUGGUGCCGUCUCCCAAGUCCUGGUAUUACCUGGUCCUCCGCACCAAGGCCGGCCUUGUUCACCUCUGCAAGGCCAAGGACCUUCGCCACGACAAUGAGCUGGAGAUGGGCAUGCUCAACUCACGAUUCAAGGCCAGAGGGGAGAGGACAAAGAGACAUACAUUAAGGCAUAAAAAGAUCAUGAAGCGUCUCAUUAAGCGGUAUGUUCUGAAGGCUCAGGUUGACAGAGAAAAUGAUGACGUCAAUGAAGGUGAAGAUCUAAUCUCCUUCAACGUCGACUUUAUGGACAGGGCAGACCAGGCCAGGGACAGGGCAGACAGGCCAGGGCAGGGCGACAGGCGACAGGCAGACCCAGGGACAGGGCAGACAGGCCAGGGACAGGGCAGACAGGCCAGGGACAGGGCAGAGAGGCCAGGGACAGAAGAAAUAGGCCAGGGACAGGGCAGAGAGGCCAGGGGCAGGACAGAGCAGGCCUGGGACAGGGCAGAGAGGCCAGGGACAGAAGAAAUAGGCCAGGGACAGGGCAGACAGGCCAGGGACAGGGCAGACAGGCCAGGGACAGAAGAAAUAGGCCAGGGACAGGGCAGACAGGCCAGCGACAGGGCAGACAGGCCAGGGACAGGGCAGACAGGCCAGGGACAGGGCAGACAGCCAGGGACAGAGCAGACAGGCUAG